AUGGGACCGGGGCAGCUCCUGGCGCUGCUGGGGACAGCCGCUCUCUCCUGUUGGGGGCUGGACCUGGAGACCCCCACGGUGUUCAGGGGGGACCCCAGGAGCGGCUUCGGCGCCAGCGUGGCCCAGUUUGGAUCCGGGAAAACGGGACGGCUCCUGGUGGGGGCGCCCCGGGCGGGCGGCGGCUCCGGGGCCGUUUUCGGCUGCAGCUUCGGCUCCGGGAAUUGCCAGAAAAUUCCAAUUUCAGGCCCCCCCGGAUCCGAAAAUUCCUCGCUGGGGCUGGCGCUGGCGGCCGGGGGACGACGUGAAAUCUGUGUCCAGGUGUGCGGCCCCGCCUCGCCCCAGGUGUGCGGGGUCAACGUCCACCUCAACGGCUUCUGCGUCCAGCUGGACCCCGCGCUCCGGCCGCUCCGGACACUGCCCGGCGCCUUCCCAGAGUGCCCCUCGGCCGCCAUGGACAUCGCGUUCCUGGUGGACGGCUCGGGCAGCAUCGCCCGCGAGGAUUUCGAGAGCAUGAAAGCGUUCGUGGGGCGCGUGAUGGGGCACUUCCGGGAUAGCGACACACAGGUAAAUACACACCUGGGCAUGAAAGCGUUCGUGGGGCGCGUGAUGGGGCACUUCCGGCAUGCGGAAUGCACAGGUAAUGAACACACCUGGGACAGGUAA